ACAGAAAACAGAGCCGAGUAUAGGUCUGCCGGGACUAUUGCGUCGUUCCUCGGUGCAUUUUGAUCUCGCGAUCCGGACGAAGACGUGAUAUCAGCCUGCGCUGAUAAAAGCAGACGCGCGUGACGCAGAUACAGAGCGGCCGUGAACCGAAAAAGGGUGUCGGCUUGGGAACAAGUGUUCCAGAUGCAAACACAGUUAUGGGUCCACGAAAGCGGCGGGUCAAGGACUAUGGUGAACUGGUUCCACUUCCGGGUGAUCCGAACUACGUCGAUUGGAAAGCCAUCUCGGAAUUCCAGCUCGCUUUCGAAGAUCUAUACGCGUACAAGCCUCGCGUAAAGAAUCCCACCUGUAGUCCGCGUACUCCACCGGGGACUCCGCCUCGGUUCCAGCAACUUGCCCCGCGGCAUGUCCACGAGGACGCAAGCGACACGACUGCUUCUCUUAGUAGCGAAGAGCCCCUCCCCAAGGUUCCCUCUGCUGAUAAAGCGGAGGUACGGACAAAACCGCGUGCGACAGAUACCAGUACCCCCAGUUUCGAAGCUCUGCGAGCAAGUUCUCCUAGCCAGGAAGUUGGCAGGAGUGUUCUGACUUCUGCUUCCGUAGGAAGUCCAUCACCGUCUUCGAAGGGAAGCGGGGAACGAGCAUCGGAGUCUAGGCUCCGUGGUUCGUCCGCUUCCAGUCUGUCCAGGAACGUUCCGUACGCUAUGCGAACGUCCGCAUCGAUGACUGCUGCGUCGAAACGGAGCACCCAACUUGAUUCUUACGAACAUCGAAAAAUCCCACGAAUAUUCGAGACAUUCGAGAGCCGUCGCUUCAGAGUCGCCGAGAGCUCUCCCCUUCCUGAUAUCCAUCACAGAUCGAUAUUCCCUUCGGACAUCUCCGCCAUUCAUCCUAUGGACGUGGAAGACACUUCGAGAGAAAUGAUGCGCUUUGAAAAAAAUGGAAGGAAGAAAGACGACAGGACUUCUGCCUCCGAUGUUCCUCCGCCGUCGCAACUGGGGUCCCGUGCAUCGAAGCGACAGCAAGUUUCUCCGAAGCACUCCGGUCCAAAGUCCAGCAGUUUCAACGCCCUCCCAGCCGAGCCUUCAGUGUUGCUGCUCGAAAAGUCCUUUCAUCGCCAGUGUCCGAGAGUACUGUCGUCCACUCUGGCUUCGGACACAUCAGCUUUGCGUUCCUUCUUGGCACCAUCCGCGCCUGAAGAUGUUCCUCUGGAUCCACUACAGGAACUUCUGUCAAUCUGUUCUCAAACCUGCUUGAUAACCUUCGAACAAGCUCUUCGACUUAGUAAAAUUAAAGAAUGCAAAAAGUUGGGCGAAGGAAGCUACGGCGAAGUAUUUCUGGUGUCCCACCAGCAGGAAGUGUCUGCCGUCAAAGUGGUUCCAAUAGAGGGCGCUGUGCUUUACAACGGUGACGAACAGCUCACAGCCAGAAACAUCCUGGCUGAGGUCGUCAUAUCACGUAAGCUGAGCGACUUGCGCAGGGGGCAGAACAACCGAUGUUCAACUUUCGUCCAGCUAAAGCGGAUGCACUGCGUCAAGGACAAGUUUCAUCCAGCCAUGUUUCAAGCCUGGCUAGAAUACGACCGGGAGACGAAAAGCGAAAACGAUCGUCCAGAUAUCCUUCCAGAGGACCAGAUGUUUGCUGUAUUCGAGUUCGCAGCCAGCGGGAAAGACCUGAAUCCUCAUGAUCUGUCCGAACCAAAACAGGCGUGUUCAGUCCUGCUGCAAGCGGCGUGUGCCCUCGCAGUUGCCGAAUGCAAGUUGAGGUUUGAGCACAGAGAUCUGCACCUCGGUAACAUCCUGGUUGCGACAACCACAAGCACGUUCGUACGGUACCUCAUCGGCGGCCGUUCCAUUGAAGUGACAGCAUAUGGAGUGCGUGUGACAAUAAUCGACUUUACGCUGUCACGCAUGCAACAAGGAAACUGCGUCUUGUACACGGACAUGUCCAAGGGAGACUUCUUUGAUGGCCAGGGCCUCUACCAGUACGACAUGUAUCGAUUCAUGAGAGAAUGGAACAAGAACAACUGGAAAAGGUACCUUCCCAGGACGAACACCCUCUGGCUGUAUUACGUGGCAUCGCAACUGAAGACGAAGGUUUUUAAGGGCAAUCCCGACAGGGACAAAUAUCAGAAGAGGCUGCAGAAAUGGCUACAGCAACUGUUCGAGGAGACCUCGGCCACGAGUUUUGUCGAAAAGCUCCUCCGAUCUAAGACAAAUUUUCGGUAAAGGAUACCCGAAAUAAUUUGUCCUCGUCGACUAUAAUGUACUACUAUUUAAUAAAUCAUUAUUUAUGUUA